CUGCAACUUACCAUCCGUUCUGUUAGCCUCCAGCUGAAGCAGGGAAAACACAUGCUGAACGGAGGGAAGAGUCAUGGUGGUGAAGAAGAAAACAGCCAAAGUGGAGGCUGUGGUUUUGGAUGACCAGAAACUACACCUGCUGAUAGCAUCUCUCUCUGUGGAUGGUGGAGAAGAUGAAGUCCGUCAGGUUGCCAGAACCCUCCAGUCAUGCUUGGAGAUGACAGAUCCUGUGCAGCAGAUUCAGCUGGUUAAAAAGGCAGGGAGCCAGCUGGAGGCUCUGAGUGAAGGAAAGCAUGAUGAAGCUCUGCUGGAGGCCUGUUUGCACACUUUAUCAGUGGUCUACACCUCUCUGCAGGCCAAAAACCCCCUACGGCGAGCCAUAGCCAGUGCGUUGGGAUCAGUACCAGCCUGGCUACAUGAGCGCACUGCGAACAGUUUGUGUGCAAGUUUGUCUGACUGUCUGUCCAACCCAACACCAGACCGACACCCUCACAUCGUUGACACCAUCACUGCCUGUCUGGACGGCUUCAUAAUUGGGGAAAAAUGCAUCAACAAACUGCUGCCUGAAGUGUUGCAGUUUCUUCACAAAGGAUUGAAUGAAUACCUUCAACAGAACAGUGGUCUAACAGGACGCCACAUAGCCCAGGCUCAGCUCAUGCAGUCUUGUCUGGCCGCUGUGAAGACAUCCAUGCUGGUGAUCCAGAGAUCUCAGGAGGGCAUCAGUGCUGCCCUGCAGGCAGAACAGAGUCGGUGCACACUAGAACACAUACUAGGCGAUCUUCUGGGCUGCUACACUCACAUCCUCACUGACGAGGAGUUCAUCCAGUCAGUGCAGAGUACAGCCGGCAUGGCUGUGGUGUUACUGAUCAGAUCUGUGAUGGGCUGUGGAGAUGAAGUCGCCUCUGUGGUGAGCAGCUUGUUGUUUGGCUCUGCUCAGGGUUUAGAAUCUGCCCCUCAGUGGUUGAAGCUCAGGUGUGAGGGUCUUUGUGCCCACGGUCGACCUCCAGGUGUGUCUCUGUACCUGUGUCAUGGAGCUCUGGCCAUGUUAAGCUGGAAAGGCUCUCUACCAGGGCCGCAGUGGGAACAUCUGCUGCUGCUGGUCCCCAACACACUGCUGGCUCUGGAUGUCAGUAUUAAGGAAUCCAGUACAGCGAUGGUGGUGGCCCGAGUUUUGACCCUGUGGAGCAGCGCUGCCUUGGAUUGCCUGCAGGGGGAGCUGCAGCCCUGCCCCCCUCUCCUCCAGCAGUCCCUCUGUGGGGGCUCUGAGCUGCAGCGACACCUGCUGGAGCACAUCUACUCCCACUGGGAGCACCCACUGGACGGAGUCCGCCACCAGACCCGCUCUCUGUUCAGAAACCUCCUCCUGCUGCACCAGCAUGCUACUGCCUCUACAUCUGACCCCAGCAAGGACCUUUACAUCACCCAGCUCACGCACAGCCUGCUGGAGCUAGAGUGGCACAUGAGGGGGAAGUACGGCUCACUGGGCUGCCUGGUGGAGCUGUAUGGGGCGAGGUUCCUGCUGGAGAUUUCCCCCCAGCUGCCUUCCCGCUUGCUGGGCCUGAUGGGAGAUCAGACUCUGGCACCAUAUGCUGGGGACCUGCUGGAACGCCUGUUUGUCAGCCACAAGGCCCAGUUAAUCUCUGAGGCUGUUGGAGAGGAGGACGGUAUGCAGUGCUGGCACCUCACCUGGGUGACCCCGCUGCUUCAGGUGCUGUGUCGGGCCAGGCUGGAUCAGACAACCUACAUUCUAGACUACUUUCUGCCCAAGCUGCUGCGCUGCAGCCCCUCCAGUCUGGGCCACAUGGUGACAGCUCUGCAGGACACACAACCCUGCAGCACAGGUCUUUCAGGCAGCAGAGGAGCUCUGGGUGCUCUGAUGACGUGUCUGAGGGCAGCCAGAGCUCAGGGUGUGGUUCCCUCUGCAGAGGAGGGUCUGUGGGGAGGACUGGUGCCUCUGCCCCUCCUUCAACAAGCUCUCAUUCACAAACAUGAACAGGUUAGGAUGGAUGCUCUUGGUCUAGUGUGUGAGAGCCACCGCAGCACUGAAGUUCUGACUGCACAGGAAUUGGACCUUAUCCGCCACUUCCUCCCUCCAAAUCUGAACAGCCAGUCACCAGGUGUCAGGCAGCAGACCGUCAGCCUGCUGAAGAAGCUGCUGUGCAGGAUGAAGGACAGCACAGUGAUGCUGCAGAAGAGACUGCAGCGGGAGAUGGACAAACAGCAGAGACAAACAGACCAACAAACACUGCACUUGUACAAGGAGUUCCUGCGCUGGCUGGUUGUGAGUCUGUUGGAUGUUCUGCUUCCUGGAGCAUCUUUUUCCAAAUGUCUGAUGUCUCUUCACCUGCUGUGCCUAGUGGGACAGUUCUUCACCUUCAGCACAGACUCUGAUGUGUUUGCUCUGGGCGAAGUGGUGACCCCUGCAUAUGCUCAGAAUGUCCUCUACUGUGUUGCAAGCAACUUCCUGGAAGUCAAAGAACUGGCUUCAGCCUUACUUCGGCAACUACCACCAUCAGCUGUGGGACUUCAGGUGCCAGAGAGAAUCCAUAGCGUCCUUCAGGCUGCCCUGGACCUCAGUACCAGCACAAAACCCUUUGACAGCGUCACAGCAGCUCACCUCCUCAACCUGCUGCUGCACCAACCUCACCUGAGCCAGGCUCUGCUUCUCUGUGCCAAGAAACAAGAGGUGCAAGGCAUUGAUUUUCAGCCUCCUGCACAGGCCUCUGAGACAGACGUCAUAGAGCUCAACACUCUGGCUGUGAUUCACUUCUUACUGAGCUGUCUGCAGUCUGAGGUGUCUCAGGCAGAGUCGUCUCUCCUGCAAGCUGCAGCCUCUUUUCCUCUGUACGGCAGAGCGCACUGCAUCACUGCUGUCCUGCAGCACCUCAACACUGAGAGUCUAAAGCACACUGAGCAGUGGAGAUGUCUGGUGUCGGAGCUGAUCGCUGUGUGUUACAGGAUGUCUGAUGUGGUCUCACCUGUAGUCCAGAGCUCCUCACCUGAAGGACUCAUCCCCAUGGACACUGACUCAGAGACAUCUGCAGGUCUGCAGAGGAUCCUACAGGAGAUUCAACCCAGAGACACAAACGACUUCUUCACAAGUGCCAGGGAGCUGGAGACACAGCGCGAUGAUGAUCACACAUGCACACCAACACUGAACAAAGCCGGCGAGGGCUACAGGGUGACGGCUCAGAUGGUGCUGGUGUGUUGCUGGCGGAGCAUGAAGGAGGUGUCAAUGCUGCUAGGGCAGUUGUGUCAGAGUCUGCCUCUGCAUUACAUGGAUAAUUCCCACGCACACCCUGGACUUAUCACUGAGGAACAGGUGGAGGGAGUCGGCCUGUACUUCCGUCAGCAGCUCCUGCAGUCUCGUCAUCGUGGAGCCUUUGAACUGGCUUAUGUGGGCUUUGUGCGCCUCACCAGCAUGCUGUGCAGGAGUGGGAGUAAGACCCUGCAGCAGCUCCCGGCUCGAUGGCUGUCCGAGGUUCUUGAGGAGGUCAAAUCCAGCGACCCAUCAUCAAAGCUUUGUGCCACCCGACGUAGUGCAGGAAUUCCUUUCUACAUCCAGGCUCUUUUAUCCUCUGAGCCGAAGUCGUCGAGCUGCAGCCUGUUGAAGAUGACGAUGAGAGAACUGAUAGCACUCGCCAUGCCGUCUGCAGACAGAACUACCGACAGCUCCACUGUCCCUCAGGUCCAUGCUCUGAACAUCCUGCGAGCUCUGUACAGAGACACGCGUCUGGGAGAAAACAUCAUUCCCUUCGUCUCUGAGGGUCUGCAGGCAGCUGUGCUUGGAUUCACCUCUCCUGUGUGGGCUGUGAGGAACUCGUCCACGCUACUCUUCAGCACUCUCAUCACGAGGAUCUUUGGAGUGAAGAAGGGGAAAGACGAGCACUCGAAAAAGAACAGGAUGACGGGUCGAGAGUUUUUCACUCGUUUUCCUGCUCUCUACCCGUUUCUUCUGAACCAGCUGGAGGAGGCUGCAGCCACGGUGGAAAGUGACAGCGGUCAGGUGAAGCUCCACCCAAGUCUAUUCCUGCUACUGCUUGUGCUCAGUCGACUCUACCCGUCUCCCAUGGAUGGAUCUUCAUCACCACUGGGAUUGGCCCCCUUCAUGCCCUUCAUCAUCAGGUGUGGUCGCUCGGCUGUGUAUCGGACUAGGGAGAUGGCGGCCCGAGCGCUCGUCCCAUUUGUCCUGCUCACUCAGGUCCCAUCCACAGUCCUCUCCUUGCUGCAGGACCUCCCUCUGCAGCCUGGACCUCAGACCCAACACAACCACAUCCACGGGACUCUGCUGCAGGUGCUGUUUCUUCUGCGCUCCUAUCAGGCAGACUCUCACAGACCCCCACCUGCAGGAAACGGCCUUGCUGAAGCUCUAUGCCAACGCAUGUGGAUCGCCUCUCGACAGAACUUGUGCUUGGUGACCAGGGGAGCCUUUCUAGAUGUGCUGGUGUGUGUUUGCAGAUCCAGGAUCAGUCUGCUGGAAGACUCAGAGGGUGCUGAUCUACGUCGUGAAGCCCUGACUAUCCUCAGGGACUCAGAGCUCAUCAUCUCCUCCUCCCCCCAGGGACCAGGCAGCACCCAGUACCUGCUCAGCUUGGCUCGGUUAGCCCUCAGCGCCAGCCUGGAGACCCCAGAGCUGUGGGGAGGCCCUGAACUCUCAAGCCAGCUCCUGCAGAGUCUGCUGCUCUGCCCAGAGUAUGAGGUGAGGGAGGAGACCCUGCAGGAGGUCCUGACGAGGCUGCAGGAGAACGAGGAGGAGGAGGAGAAGAAGAGGCCUCAGUGGCUGGAUGAGACCACCCUGUCCAACUUGACCAGCCUGGCUCUGCAUGAGACACACCCCCAGAGUCUGGCCAAGGCUCUCAGUGUGCUGUCUGCGUUGAGCUGCGACGGAGAUUUGGUGUGGAGGGAUGGAGCUCAGAUUGUGUCUCAGGAGGACGUCCUGCUGCACCUCCUCACUCUGACACAGAGGUCUGCUCACAGUGUGGAGCUCCACUGUGCCGCCCUCACGCUGCUCUCCCAGCUGGUGGUCCACUUGGUGACCUCUGACCCCCAGAUGCGUUUUUGUGUUAUCCAGGGUGCAGGUGAAGUGUCCUGUUUGGCCCAGUGGGCUGCGCUGGUGUGCUCAUGCUGCAACGAGGAGCAGCCAGAGGAAGUGAAACUGACAGCUGCAAAGGUGUUAGUCACCUGUACAUCAUCAGUGCUGACCAGCCCCCUCCUGCCGAUGGGUCUGUCCACCACAGUGUCCCUGUGGAGGAGUGUGUUCAAGCUGCUGCAGGAUGAGGAUCAGGAGGUCAGAGAUGCAGCGUCUGACUUCAUCUGUCACAUACCAACAACCUCGUUUCAUUCAGGUGUGUCCAUGUGUCCUCCAGCAGCGCUGGAUUCAGGUGUGAGCCUGCUCUGUCACCUAUUUGAAGUGUGGGGGCACAUACCAGCGGGGGUCCUCGCUCUGACAGAGUGGCUGCUUGGAGAAGAAGACUGUGAAGACGAGGCAGUCGAAGCCUCCAGUCUGGAUGAAGAGGACUUCCUGUUCGAAAAGGGAGAUAGAAAUCUGUGGGCGGAGCCUAUCCAGUGGGUGAAACUUCUCCAUAGACACCUUGAAUCCCUCAUCCUGACCUUCAAACAGUCCCAAACCCCAGACAUCACAAAUCCAGACCUGUUCCACCAGCUCCAAACACUCUCAGCUCAGGCUACAGUCCAGGCCCUGAGCUCCCAAGAUGCACUGCACUCCCUCCCUGCUCUGCCUCAGUUCUCUAGCACCAUAGAGCACGCCCGGCUGCUGCUGCAGAACCAGAGAGCCAGCCUGGUGCUGGAACUUCUCGACAGGCUGCAGUAGAAAGAUGGAGGUGAUGGAGCAAACUGUUUUAUUUUUUUUAUUUUAAAGACAGCUGGGUAAAGGGUUAUUCUGGUAUUUUUACAUCUGUCUGGGUCUAAAUGAGUAACAGAUAAAAAAGGUUUUGGAAGUCUCAAGCAGAUUUUUUCAUUAUGCAGCAAUGAAACUGGCUGUGAUGUCUGCAGCAUAAGCCUUAAUAGAUCAAAAGCCCUACAAACAAACUCCUAAAUAUCCUGAAUUCUGGGUGGUGAAUCAGACUUUACCCAGACUUUUUCCCAUCAACCCCUUGCAUGUUUUCAGUGUAAAAUCAAGGUGAGCCAUUGUGAGAAUGCAGCAGGAAAAAUUCAGGAAAUUUCUCCACCAAUGAGAGACAGAUUGUGAUGACAUUUGUAUCCUGUGACCAACCACAGACUAAAGACUAGAUAGUGAGUAGUUGAAGUGUUCUGUUUUCUUCGAUCUCUUCUGUGAGGUAAAACUAGUUUGUUUUUUGUUAUUCUCUACUCUUAGACACUCAGAUUAAGAUCUAAGUCUGUCAGGAAAAUAAAAAACUUCAGAUUGUGUUACAGACAUUACAGCCUAUUUCUUUUUCAAAGCUCUUCGUACCUGCUAGAGCUGCCAUGAUAGCAGGAUAGUGAAUUUUAAUAAAACACCAGUUAAAAUUCAACAGUAGUGAUACCUGUUUCGAUACCACAGUAACACAUAUGGUUCCUGGAAACUCAAAUCAACAACUCAAUUUCCAACCUGCAAAUCUGAAAGGAUUGAUAUACUGUUGAUAUCAAAAGAGACAAUAGAAGGCAAAAUGAAUGUGAUUUUUCUUUAGAUUUACUGUAUAUUGCCUAUCUUAGAUCAAGCAUUUCCUCUGAUUUAUCAUUGAUAAAUACUGCUCUCUGUGAUUUCUGCUGUCCGCUCAGACUACAUGAAAUCAGACAGAUUUAAGCCCGACUGCAACAACGCAGCUCAGGGAAAAGAUAAUUUACAGCACGUGGUAUCAAGAAAGUAUCAGUAGAUUUGCCAACUUGAGUAUCUAUUAGACCCCAAAAUGUGUACAAACAAGACCCUUAUAGAAAGUGGAAUUUUCCUUUAUGUCUUAGUAUUUCAAUAAGGGAAAAGUUAGUGGAUGAAGGUACUUCAUCAUGGGAUCAAUGACUGGCUUUGUGGCUGAAUCUUUCAAUGAAUGAAUGAAGGAAUCAACAGGAAUAUUUUUUACUUUGUUCAUGUUUGAUAACCAAAUGUUUUUAAUCAGGGGUGUCCAAACCACGGGCCAAAUGCGCCUCACAGCAAAUUCUAGAAAUAAAAUGAAAUAUUAUAUGAUGAAGCUUGUACUCAACUGUAUUUUACUACCAUAUUGAUUCUAUAAACAAACAUUUUGACAAGACAAUAUGUUGAUUAACAAUGUCCUGAUGGAUUACUGCUGCAAAUAGCGGCACCAAUAGCAUUUCAGGGGCAGAGCCAGUGGUAGACAGGGCCAAACAGGACCCCCUGAAAUCUGAUUGGCUCCCCCAAAUUCUGAAAAUGACUAUGUGCCUUGUCAGCCAUUAGCAAACCACUUAGGUGUAUUUAAUCACUAAGCAUGUAUUAACUUGCAUUUGAUUAGUCUUACUUAAACUUCCUCAAGGUGAGGAAAAUGAAAGUGGCCCCACCAUUCUUCUGUAUUUCUGUAUGUGGCCCUCAGUGGAAAAAGUUUGGACACCCCUGUUUUUAAUGAUGAAGUUCUACUGUUUCUUGACAUCUUCUUUAAUUAAACGGUAUGUCUAAAAUAUUGCUUUUUCCAAUGUUCUUUUUCUAUUUAAAAGGCAUGUAGUUGGAUGUGUUGCUUCUUUUGUUCCAGAUAUUACCAAUGUUAACUCUGUGUGUGGAAAUGUGACAGCUGAGGGUCUCAAACAAUAAUUGGAACAACACUCACUGCUCUGUCCUCUUAUCAGUCCAAAUGUGUCACACGACAAACUUGUAACAGCGUCAGCAUUGAGUCUUCUGCUCGUUCUGCUUCCUAAACGUCUCGCAGGGAUUUUAAAGUCUGAACAAAACAAGUCAGCGCCUUAAGCUUCGACUUAAACUUCAAUGGAGGGAUUGUGAAGCGAGACAAACUUUACGACUGCACUAUGGGAUGUGAAAGCGAGUGUUUCUCUGACACGUCACCAAAGUUGUAUUUCAGUGUGAGUCCUACUGUGUGUUUAUAUGAGGUGUUAUUUUCCUGUGAUAUUUAGUUUACUGCACAAUUCUUCCCAUCCGACUCUGCUUUUAUGUUUCCCUCUACUUCUCCUGCUUAUGUAAUUAGGAGGACGGCACAAUGGGCUACUGUCUUCUUGUGUGUGCAGCCAUGUUCCCUGUUACAGUAAACCUGACGUAAUGUUUUGGAACAGCUCGACA